CUCAUUCGAAAUUUGUGCGUGCAACGCGAAGGAAGUGCCGCUCCGUAGCUCGCUGUCCCGCUCUCGCUCGCCCCGCUCUCUCGCUCUGUCGCACGCGUUCGCCGCUUGGCAUUUGUUGUUUGCCACAUUUUCGCGGCACCCCAAAAAUCGAGGAAAUACAAUACGAGUGCGAAAAUCGUCAGAAGUUAGUGCGACCUUUGGUGACGUCAGAGGCUGGGAAAAAUCGCCAGGAUGUCUGCCAAUCAGCAGCAGCAGGCGAAUCCUUCGGCGGCCGUUGCCGCACCCGCCGCCUCCUCGGAAUACCUGAAACGCACCUGCCUCAUUUGCGGCUGCCACACCAACCAGACGAUCAAUAUCUACGAGCCCCGCUCCGGACCCAACAUCGUCCAGCUAAUCCAGGCGAAAUUCAAGUUUCAGCCAUUGAAUGAGGACAAAUUCCUCUGCUUCAGCUGCAACAACUGGCUGAUCAACUGGCACUCCCUGCAGGCGGUCAACAGCAAUGAGGCCGAAAGUCAGAGCCAAAGUCCCUCGCACAUGGGCAACAGUGUGCUGCAGCAGGAAAGGACGAAGCUGCGUCCGGUGGCGAUGGUUCGCCCCAUGGUCCGAGUGCAGCCACAAUCGCAGCCCCAACUGCAGCCCCAAGUUCCAGUCAAUCCCACACCCGCACCCAUAGUCUACUCGAAGCGAAGAGCCAGCAGACGCAGCGCCUCCGUCAGCCGGAUGAGCCGAGUGCUGCGCCAGUGUUGUGUGGAGAGUCUGCGGCGGAGUCCCAAGAAGCGCAAUCAGCAGCCGGUGUUCGUCUGCCUGAGGCCGCAGGGUCAGAAGAGGAGCAAUCUGAUCUGCAAGGUGGAGUGUGUGGCGCCGCGCCGGAAACCAGUGGAGCGACUGGUCAAGGAGGUGGCAGCCACAGCCACAGGCACACCCGUGCCCAAUCCAAAAUCCACGCCCACUUACCAAAGAUUCCCGCAGCCCAGUGUGGAUGGCAAAGUAGUGGCCAUGUUCCGGCGACUGGGAACCACACUCAGCCGGGAAGAACCCGCCGCAUCUUCAGCAGAAUCAAGUCCCGCCUGCUCGAAACUCCCGCAGAUCAUGAGUCCGCUCAAAGAGACGCCGCGCUGGACGCGGGACCUCGAUGACGAUGAAAUACUGCUGGAAUUCGAUACCGCCAUAUCCGAAGUCCUGCCAACUGCCCGUUAUCAGGUUACCCACGAGGAGAACAAGGAGAACCAGCAGGCAGCAGAAAUGGAGCUGGAGCUGGAGGAGGAGGAGGAGGAAGAAGUGGAUGGCCGAGCGGAACUGGAAGUGGUGCAGGAGGCGGAAGCGCCGCUGGAACCGCAGAGCCACCACAAACAAGGAAACAGCCACCAAAAUUCCCACCAAGCUUCAAUCCAACUCGCUGGGCUGCGAUUACCAAUGGGCCUUAGCAUUAGCCUCGUCUAAAAACGAUGGGUCCAAUUGAUGCCCCACACACAAAAUAGUCAAAUUGCAUGCACAAUACGCAAAUUAUGAGCAUUAGCAAAUGUCUAAUUUAAUAGUACCUCGAUUACAUUUUAAUUGUUAGUCAAAUACCUUAAUUAAUUAGCGGACAAAAAACAUACACACACACAAAAAACAUACAACAAAAGACCUAAGAAUGUUAAGUUAACGGAUGUGGAAAGCUAUAUUUAAAAUAUACAUAUUAGUCGUAGGCAAAACCCUGACUUACCCAAAAAAAAAAAAAAAAACAAGAAAGAGAAUCCCCUGGAGCCAA